AUGGUUCUCACACUUGGCCCUCUUUUAGGUGCCAGUCCAGAAAUCGACAUUAGAAGCGAGCUGUUGCGUGUAGCGAGUUUCGUCACUACGCAAAUGGUGCUUGAUGAUGUACUCUCGCGAAUUCCACUCAUCCUCUCAUAUCCCACCGUUCUUUUGAGCAGCAAUCUGAUCGUUGGCACAGGUGCUGAUGCUUCAGUCGGGUCUGACGGCCUCCUGGAACCCUUUAUGAAGCAUUUGAUGGCUCCUCUUCUCUGCGCCUCGGCUGCAACAGCCUUUGGGGGGGCAUUCAGUGCUGUGGAACAACUGAGCUCGUGCAUGCUUUUGGCGUUCGUAAGUUUCUCGUUAAACUCUUUAUUGGGCCACACACAGACAUCGGUGCUAUCAGCGCUGCUACUCCAAGCACUGAGCGGCUGCAUCACCUACAAUUGGGCUUUCACAAUAUUUCCGGCAUUGAGUUUAUCGCUCAACUACCUGGAAGGGCAUUCCUAUUACAAGACGGCACUUAGCUACAUCGCUAUUCUAUUGACUUUACAACUCAAAACAAAGACAAUCAUGGGCUCGAAGAUCAUGAUCAAUAUUCACCUAAGGCCUGCCCACUAUGCACUUAUCUGCCUCAGCAUUGCGGGGUUUUUGAACCUGGCUUUGAUCGACCCUCUAAAUCUCUUUUCUGAAGCGAGUGGAUCAAGACUCACUGUACAAAACUCCAUGGUUUUUAUUUGCUUCGGAUGUCUGGCACUCCUCCUGGUUAGCUGGAAAGAAAUUUGCAACGAAGCACAUCCAUCGAACGCACUUAAAGUUGUAGGCUCGCCCUAUGUCCCGCCAAUGUUGGGGCUCGCUGCAAUCAUGGUUCAGUUCCUCUCUUCCAACAGAACAAAUGAGCCCCUACCGCGGUACGUGAUUAUUUUGCUCUUUAUAUUCUUCAGCGGUAUAAUUUCCGCCAAGAAUACUCGUCAGCUCAGCUCAGACCCCCACGAAGACGACACACAUACGACGUGUGUUGAACAUCAUCAUCAUCAUCAUCAUAAUCUUCCGUGCGACGCGAAUCACAAAAGAACUGAAGUUUCGAGUCAUGAUGACUCUCACCACUCCCAUGGUCAUAAUCAUGGUCAUGAUCAUGCGCACAGUCACUCGCAAGACAGCCACUUUGACGAAACGCCCAGCCAAAUGGCUGGAAUGUUCUUUCAGCUUGCCACUAAUCCCGAAACGCGGCCAAUAUUUUCCUUCCUUCUACUCAAUACCACAUUUAUGUUCGUGCAAUUACUUUACUCAUUCCGCUCGAAGUCGUUGGGCUUGCUGUCUGAUUCUUUACAUAUGGCUUUGGAUUGUAUGUCCCUGCUAUUAGGGCUUGUAGCAGGUGCAUUGUCGAAAAAUCCAGCUAACGACAAAUUUCCCUUUGCUCUGGGAUAUCUUGAAACCCUAGCAGGUUUCACUAAUGGUGUUUUAUUAAUUGGAAUAGUUUCAGGUAUUUUGGUUGAGGCCAUUGACAGAGUCAUGAAUCCGACCGCGAUUUUAGAAACGACGGAAUUAUUGGUGGUGUCGUUUUUGGGGCUGGUUGUUAAUUUAUUAGGCCUUUUCGUGUUUGACCAUGGUUCACAUGGGCACGACGGAGAGAACGAGAACAUGAGAGGUAUCUUUUUACACAUCAUGGCCGACACUCUUGGAUCUGUUGGUGUUGUCAUUUCUACGGUCUUAACAAAGUUGUUCAAACUACAAAUAUUUGAUCCGAUUGCAUCCAUUUUCAUUGCGACAUUAAUUCUGAUGAGCUCUAUCCCCCUCAUUCAAUCUACCACUGCGAGCAUGUUACUCAGACUCAACGACAAACAGUACAAUAAGCUGAAAAAUGCUCUUAACGACAUUUCAAUGACUCCAGGUAUCACUGGGUAUACCACUCCACGUUUUUGGCCCUUAUCCUCAUCCGGAAGUCAUGGAGGUCAUACGCACGCCCAUUCCCACUCUCAUUCUCAUUCUAAUGCACACUCCCACAGUCAUGAAGGCGCCACCGACGACAAUAACCUUCCAGCCGCAACGAGAGCUUCUCAAAAGCUCGUUGGUUAUAUCCACAUUCAAUACAUGGACGGGGAAAAUUCGACCAUCAUCAAGAAAAGAGUAGAGAAGAUUUUAGAAAGUGCCGGGAUCCAAGCGUGGAUUCAAGUAGAGCACAAGGACUCAUCAUGCUGGUGUCGAAGUUAUAAUUCGUCGGGUGGCCCAGUGAUAGCAAAUCAGCAAUGA